CCACGCGUCUCUCCGGUGAAAAGAAAGCCGGCUUCUUCUUCUUCUUCAUUUCGGUGCUUCUUCGAUUUCAUAAUCUCCUCUUGAUCUUCUCUUCCUUUUCUUCCUCAUUUUCUCAGCUGCUGCUCAUAUUCAAUUUCCAAUUUCCCAAUUGCCCUAUUGAUUAUAGACUUUCACCACUGAUUCUCAGAUCUACUCUCAAUUCCCAAUCUUCCAUCUUCACAUAAUCCGAAUCAGCCAAAAAUGUCCAGCGACAGCGACGACCUGGACGAGGAUGAGCUGCUACAGAUGGCUCUUAAGGAGCAACAACAGCGAGAUGUCAAUUAUCUCACUAAUUCUCGCAAGCCCGUUGCUAAUUACGUCCAACCCCCCUCUCAGUCCCGGAAAUCGGCUGCUGCAGCUUCCGUUUCUAAAACCACUGCCUCUAGUGCCCAGUCUAAGGGUGCUAGGAGGGUUGUAGAUGACGACGACGAUUCAGAGGUGGAGAUGUUGAGCAUUUCCAGUGGCGAUGAGGAUUCUACCAGAGAUCAUCGAACGUCCGCCGCGACCCGCGGCGGUAGGGCGUCUAGGUCCACUGGCAAGGAAGAUGAUGUGGGAUGGGAUGGCGAGGAGCCUCAUUGCUGGAAGCACGUUGAUGAAGAUGAGCUUGCUAGAAGAGUACGUGAAAUGCGGGAGACAAGAACAGCACCGGCUCCUCAGAAGUUUGAUCGAAAGGUAUCUGCAAUCGGUAGACCGGGACUCAACCAUUUGCAGUCCUUCCCUCGUGGCAUGGAGUGUAUAGAUCCACUUGGGUUGGGAGUAAUAGACAAUAGAUCAUUAAGAUUGAUCACGGAGACAUCUGAGAGCUCUCCUUCUAAAUCUGAAAAAGAAUUCAUUGAUGCUACCUUACGAGAGAAGUUGCUGUAUUUCUCUGAAAAAUUUGAUGCCAAGCUGUUCAUUUCUCGGAUACACCAAGACACAAGUGCAGGAGACUUGGAGAAAGGCGCUUUUGCUUUAAAAACUGACCUUAAAGGACGAACACAACAAAGAAAACAGCUAGUCAAAGACAAUUUUGACUGCUUUGUAUCAUGCAAAACGACAAUUGAUGAUAUUGAGUCCAAGUUGAGACGAAUUGAAGAAGACCCUGAAGGUUCUGGAACUUCACAUUUGUUUAAUUGUAUUCAAGGAGUAAGCAAGCAAGCCAAUCGAGCUUUUCAGUCUCUGUUUGAGAGACAGGCACAAGCUGAAAAGAUCAGAUCAGUCCAAGGAAUGCUGCAAAGGUUCAGAACACUUUUUAACUUGCCAAGUACCAUUCGGAGCAGCAUUAGUAAGGGUGAAUAUGACCUGGCAGUUCGGGAGUACAAAAAAGCGAAGUCAAUUGCUUUGCCAUCUCAUGUGGGAAUUUUGAAAAAAGUUCUUGAAGAGGUUGAAAAAGUGAUGCAUGAGUUCAAAGGCACACUUUACAAAUCAAUGGAAGACCCACAAAUAGAUUUGACAAACCUUGAAAACACUGUGAGACUACUCUUGGAGCUGGAGCCUGAAUCAGAUCCUGUGUGGCAUUAUUUAAACAUACAGAAUCACAAGAUACGAGGUUUGCUUGAGAAGUGCACCUUAGAUCAUGAAUCGAGAAUGGAAGCAUUGAAUAAUAAAAUGCGUGAAAGAGCUCUUGCUGAUGCAAGAUGGCGGCAGAUUCAACAUGAUCUUGAUCAAUCUUCAGAUGUGGAUCAUUCAUCUUCUGUGGAUGGGCAUCUCCCAGUAAGUGUGGAACCUGUGGAAGUACACAGUGAAGAAGUUGAUGCUCUUAGAGCUAGAUAUAUUAAGAGAAUGACUGCCGUACUUAUCCAUCACAUACCAGUGUUUUGGAAAACUGCUCUAUCUGUUUUCAGUGGGAAAUUUGCCAAGUCUUCUCAAGUUUCUGCUGAAUCAAAUGCUAACACCUCGGCUAGCAAAACUGAGGACAAGGUUGGUGAGGGGAAGUACUCAAAUCAUUCUCUCGAGGAAGUUACGGGGAUGAUACGCAAUACACUAUCUGCAUACGAAGUGAAGGUUCAUAGCACCUUUCGUGAGCUUGAAGAAUCAAAUAUCCUUCAGCCGUACAUGAGUGAUGCCAUAAGUGAAAUAUCUAGCGCGUGCCAAGCUUUCGAAGUGAAGGAAUCAGCUCCUCCAAGUGCUGUAAUUGCACUGCGAACACUCCAAUCAGAGGUGACAAAGAUUUAUAUUUUAAGGCUUUGUUCCUGGAUGCGAGCCUCUAUUGUAAAUAUUUCAAAAGACGAAACAUGGGUCCCUGUGUCAAUUAUUGAGAGGAAUAAAUCUCCAUAUACUAUCUCUUUCUUGCCUCUAGCAUUUCGAUCUAUCAUGUCUUCAGCAAUGGAUCAAAUAAAUUUUAUGGUUCAGUCUUUAACGAGUGAAGCUUCGAAAUCAGAGGAUAUAUUUCUGCUACUUCAAGAAAUUGAGGAAUCUGUUAGACUUGCAUUUUUGAACAGUUUCCUUGAUUUUGCAGGUCAUCUGGAGAAUAUUGGAAGUGGGCUUACCCACAAACAAAACAAAGACAGUCCACACUUACAGAACGGAUUUUCUCAUGAAUUGCAAGAAAAAAUACUUUUAGAUGUGUCUGGGAGUCUUGUGAAUCCGCAUCAACAAUUGUUAAUAGUCUUGAGCAACAUUGGUUUUUGCAAAGAUGAGCUUUCAUGUGAAUUGUAUGGCAAGUACAAGCAUAUUUGGUCGCAUUCUAGGGUAAAAACUGAAGAGGAUAGCAGUGACCUCCAAGAUCUUGUUAUGUCCUUUUCAGCACUUGAAGAAAAGGUCCUUGAACAGUAUACAUAUGCAAAGGCAAACUUGAUGAGAACAGCUGCAACGAACUAUUUGUUGGAUUCCGGGGUCCACUGGGGAGCUGCUCCUGCAGUUAAAGGUGUGCGUGAUGCUGCUGUAGAGCUACUCCACACUCUUGUGUCUGUCCAUGCUGAGGUUUUUGCUGGUUGUAAGCCCCUUUUGGACAAGACACUAGGCAUUCUUGUUGAAGGUUUAAUUGAUACUUUUCUCAGUAUCUUUGAUGAAAAUGGAACAACCGAGCUACGGUCAUUGGAUACAAAUGGUUUCUGUCAACUCAUGCUUGAGCUCGAGUACUUUGAGACUAUAUUAAAUCCUUAUUUCACAUCCGACGCUAGAGAGUCCUUGAAGUCUUUGCAAGGAGUGCUUUUGGAGAAAGCUACUGAAAGUGUGGCAGAAGCCGCUGACAAUCCAGGCCAUAAUCGUCGGCCAACUCGUGGGAGUGAGGAAGCUGUAGAUGAACGACAACAAGGAGCAACUGCCCCAGAUGAACUCAUUGCACUGGCGCAGCAGUACAGCACAGAAUUGCUUCAACAAGAGCUUGAGAGAACACGAAUAAACACUGCUUGCUUCGCAGAGUCAAUUCCAUUGGAUUCUGUUCCUGAACCUGCCAAGGCAGCUUACACUUCAUUUAAUGCCUCUUAUAGAGGAAGCACAACUCCCACUGGGUCUCCAAGUUUCUCAUCUCGGAGCAGGCGUCGCUUAUAGCGUUAUUCUUGUUUGUUUGAUUGAUUUUCCAUGUCAAUGCAUGACUACUUUUUGGUUUCCUUCAUUCUUGUAAGUAAUUAAAUCUUCAUUGGUAAUCCUAGUAUAAUUUUUUCCAUGGUCA